CAAGGUCAGGCACCGCGUGGCCCGCGGGACCGGGGAGGACGGUGGCCGGGCCCCAAGGCCACCCCGAGGCCUCCCGGGCGCCCAGCUGUGCUGCUUGAGAUCCCCCACUCCCAGCCCCGACCGCAACGGGGGACGCCCCAGUUCGUGGAGUUAGGGGUCAGGCAGGCACAGGAUGGCGGCGUCCCACGACAGAAAAGUGACCCACAGGCUCUCCCAGUACCCGGCCCCACGCUGGGCACCAGGAACCCAGACAUGGAGCUGCGGGAAGAGGCCUGGUCUCCGGGGCCGCUGGAUUCCGAGGACCAGCAGAUGGCCAGUCACGAGAACCCAGUGGACAUCCUCAUCAUGGACGACGACGACGUCCCCAGCUGGCCCCCGACCAAGCUGUCCCCGCCCCAAUCAGCGCCCCCGGCCGGCCCCCCGCCCCGGCCGCGGCCACCGGCGCCCUAUAUCUGUAACGAGUGCGGCAAGAGCUUCAGCCACUGGUCCAAGCUGACGCGGCACCAGCGCACGCACACGGGCGAGCGGCCCAACGCCUGCGCCGACUGCGGCAAGACCUUCUCGCAGAGCUCGCACCUGGUGCAGCACCGACGCAUCCACACGGGCGAGAAGCCGUACGCCUGCUCCGAGUGUGGCAAACGCUUCAGCUGGAGCUCCAACCUCAUGCAGCACCAGCGCAUCCACACAGGCGAGAAGCCCUACGCCUGUCCCGACUGCGGCCGCAGCUUCACGCAGAGCAAGAGUCUGGCCAAGCACCGGCGCUCGCACAGCGGCCUCAAGCCCUUCGUGUGCCCGCGCUGCGGCCGCGGCUUCAGCCAGCCCAAGAGCCUGGCGCGCCACCUGCGGCUGCACCCCGAGCUGUCGGGCCCCGGUGUGGCGGCCAAGGUGCUGGCGGCCAGUGUGCGCCGGGCCAAGGCGCCCGAGGAGGCAGCGGCAGCGGACGGCGAGAUCGCCAUCCCACUCGGGGCGGCGGGGGGCGAGGAGCCCGCGCACAUCUGCGUGGAGUGCGGCGAGGGCUUCGUGCAGGGCGCCGCGCUGCGGAGACACAAGAAGGUGCAUGCCGUGGGGGCGCCGUCGGUCUGCAGCCGCUGCGGACAGAGCUACUACCGGGCGGGCGGGGACGACGACGAGGACGACGAGGACGAGGCGGCUGGCGGGCGCUGCAGCGAGUGCCGCAGUGGGGAGGGCCGGUAGGGGCGGAGGCCCGGGGGGGGGGCAGGGCCCCUCGGGCUUGGCGGGGACGAUGGAUGGCGCAGGACCGGGAGAGCGGAAAGCGAGACGGACAGAGGGGCGCUAAGGGCGGCGGCCGCCUCGUCUGCCUCCCGGCCCGUGGUCUGCUCUGUGCGGUGCUGACGGGCGGCUCUAGGGCCCUCCCGCCCCCGCCCUGCACCCUGCCCCGGCCAGGUCUGCCCUUCUGGUUCUCGGCGAGCCCGGGAGAGACCGUGUGUGAGAACUGGAGACCGAGAGAGGACGGAAACCACGACCGAAAGAUGGGUCCCUGGUCCCUCUUUCUCUUGUCCUGCCGCCCGGGGCACUUGCGAGGAACGAACAGCCUGGCCCUUCGAGUUCAGAAGGGCCACACGGAGGGAAGGGAGAGAGGGUCCUUUUCCCUUUAGAGUUUUUCUUUUAAUCACAACCCGCCUCCUGACUCCACCCUUCCGCUAUUUCGUCUCUUCUUCCCUGCGGGUCCUGUUGUUUUUCUUGGCCCUCGUCCCUCCUCACCUUCCUGGAUUUGGGGUCGUGGAGGAGUGCUGGAGCAGGACUAGCCCCUGUUCCCAGCGUACCCCGCAGAGAAUGGGGUCCCGUCUAUUUCCUGGCCUGGACAUGGCUGAAGGAGGGGUGCGGGGGCAAUAAAUCGCACUAUCUGAUUGUC